GUUCAGAAGUGACAUCCAACUGUCAGGUCUACGUUGUAGUACAAAAGUUACACCUGUCUUGAUUCCUUGCUGCUCCAAGCCGCUAUUCGCUGCACCGAUCGGUGCGCGUAUAGGGUGACAUCGGCACAUCUUCAAGGUAGCAUUGAGGGGUUCGUUAGUUGAGUCCAAGGUAUUAGAUCGGCUUGAGGAAUCACAGUGCCUCUUGUCUGGCGCCGCAAAUUAAUUUAUAUGAAGUUAUCAGCGUAAGACGCAAUUUGAAUGUGCGUAUGCUUUCUCUGAGCCGGGAAGUGAAUCACGACGGGAGAGGACCUGUAUUGCUUUAGCCCAUUCCCGUCCUCUGGGAUCGUUGGAAUUUUCCCGAUGGCAGGCGAUAAUAUUGAUGACAGUCUGGACGGUUUCCUGAGUCCCUUGAUCGCGGACACUAGCCGCCUCUAUCGCCUUGCACUUCAAUUUUCAAUAACAUAUCGCCAAUUAGCCUGGGACUCGUCCGAUCAGUUUUUGCCUACGCCCAUAACUACUCUUCCAUCUGGCACCGAAACUGGGCGCUUUCUAGCCAUUGAUGUUGGUGGGACGAACCUCCGGGUCGGCUUUAUCGAGCUUCAUGGUGACAAAUCUUCGUCGACUUCAGUACGCGACGUCAAUGUUUGCAAUGGGUCUGAGGAGAGCAGAAAUGGUUGCCAUAGUCCUUCAGCCUCGUCGAUAUCGAGGAAAUAUGAAAAAUCAUGGCCUAUCGGUGAGCAUCUGAAGAUGGACAAGGCAGAGGACUUAUUCACCUGGAUUGGAGACUGCAUUGCGGAGGUCGUCCGGGAGUGCGUAGAUAGUGAGUCUGAUGUAGAGUCUUCCGGCAACUUUGCAGAAGAAAGAAGAUUGGCAAUGGGGAUAACCUUUAGCUUUCCCAUGAUACAAACUUCCCUUGCUGAAGCAACCCUUAUGCCUAUGGGCAAGGGCUUUGCUAUCACUUCCAAUCUGAACCUGGGAAAGCUUUUGCUGGCUGGUUAUGAGCGACACACGCGGCAGGUUUCUAGAAAUGGCGAAUCCAUGUCACAGCUUGAUACGAUCAGAAGUGAAUUGACAGCUUUGCCUCGGUUGCAUAUUGCGGCAAUAACAAACGAUACUGUCGCUACAUUAGCAUCCUUGGCAUACAGAGCAUCGUCCUUGCCCAAUAGAAGAGUAGCAAUGGGUCUCAUAGUUGGCACUGGAACAAAUGCUACGAUACCUCUAAAUAUCAGGCAUCUAAGCCCCUCCAAGCGUGCAUCCAUUGAAGUGCUGCAGGAGGAGGAUGAGCAAAAUAUAGAUGUGGUGAUCAACACCGAAUGGACGAUCAAAGGAACGGCGCCGCCUCUGCGGCGGCUGGAUUUUAUUACCAAGUGGGAUGCUCUCCUGGACGAGGCAAGUGAAGCUCCAGGAUUUCAGCCCUUUGAGUACAUGACUGCAGGUCGCUAUAUGGGGGAAAUCGUUCGUCUCGUCAUGCUCGAUGUCUUUGUUAAGCUACUUGGAUGGAACCAGAACGAUUUGCCUGAAAUAAUCCGACGCCGCAAUACUCUCAGCACGGCCUUCCUUGCCACCACUGUGGCUAAAUCAAUACCUGACAGGUCUCUUGUCUUAUGUUUCGAGGAUUCCUUCCCUCCGCCAAAGCAGAGCAAAUGGAUUUGGUCGGAAAAGGCGGUAUCUGUUAUCCGGCAGAUUGCACUAUUCGUUCAAGCUCGUUCUGCACGUUUGAUAGCUGCAGCUAUUGUCGGUUUAUUAGCUUUUGCAGGCGAUAUUCAACUGGAAGAAUUGGCUGGGGCUUUAGCGGACAAACGGUGUGAGCUUAAUGCCACAAAGCAGACGGGGCCCCCUAGAGCUCUCGAAUCUCCAAGUUCCGGUGAACUUAUCGUUGCAUAUACAGGAGGUACCAUUUCUCACUACCCACGGUUUUUGGAAGACUGUCAGCAAUGCCUGGAUGAGCUCCUAGAUAUAUCUUGUCAACGUCCUGGCGUCGAAUACAAGAGAAUUGUCCUCUGCGAAGCAAGAGACGGCGGGAUUAUUGGUGCGGGAGUUUUGGCUGGGACUGCAUACAUCAGAAAUAUAGAUCACCAGCCGAGUUGCGAGAUCUAAUCGAACCAUUCUUCCUUUUCCUAUCAUUGAUAUUUGGACAGCAUUUCUGGCAUAGUCUGAUCUUAGUUUCAUUGUUCAGGUAAUAACAGCGUGGUCCUUUGAAAGCGAUAGAGGGUCAUAUCCUUAUGGUAUAGAAGCAAGGUGCGUGUGGUAUAUAUUAUAGUGGUUGUAGCCCUGGUCAAAUAUUCUCUCCCGAGAAAUUAUGAAGCAG